GUCCCGUCGUUUGCCCACUGUUGAAGCACAACUCCAAUAGCCAAAUGUACAACUCCAAUCAUCUCUGAUUUUCUCUCUUUUUGUUUAUAAUCAACUCUUGUCAGGCCCUAAUUCUACUCUACUCCAUGCAUAUAUCUGCGUAUACAUACACAAAGCAUUGUAUAUAGAAUUAAAUAUACAUAUAUGCAUUCAACGGAGGACUCGAAAUUGAAUGCACGAGACGGCGGUGAAGAAUACCACGAUGCGCUUGAUGAUUUUCCAUUUUACGGCUGUAUCGUAACCUUUUCCGAACAAAUCGAAUUCGACGAUUACUUGUCGUAUUCGAAUAAAACUUCAACUAGGUCGACUCUCCUCCUCCUCCUCCGCCGGUCUGGUUAUCAUCGGCCAUUCUCCGAUAUUGACACGGUGGAGUACUCAAAGCCUGGUUCUUUGGUGAGUUUGGAGAAUUACGCGAAUGCCAGAAAUAGAAACCGAAGACUAUCACGCGAAAUUAAGGAAAGCGGGAGGCAAUUUCAAAAUUCUGAGAAUUUGGAGUCUUCUGGUUCUGUGGAGAUCAAACCCUGCUUGGGAAGUUCGGAAAAUAAUUUAACUCGAGAGGAUAAAGAGAAAAAUGGUGAAGUAUCUGGAAUUAUGAAUGCAAACAAUGAAAGGAUUGUUGUUGUUGGAGAUGAGGCGAAUUUCAGGAAAGCAGUGAUGCAAUUCAAGUCUUCUGUUGUUAUUAUCUGGUAUAGUAAUAAAAGACAUUGGCUUUCAAGUUAAUUUGAUGGUUGGUUUUUUCAUGCUUCCAAUUUGGUUAAUUUAUUACUCAUGCUUGUUUGCUAUUAAUCCCUUUUGGGUUUUAAGGCGUUCUAGACAGCAUUUAAUUCGAAAAAUAACUAGAAUGCAGACUUUUGUAUGCGAAAACGUGUCUCCAUCUGUGUAUGAAUGGUUAAAAGAGCACAAGUCAAUGUGGAAUUUGAGCUUGAAAUGUGGCUGGAGAUUGUUGUGGUCAGGUUAUGUUUGUGUUGUAUUGAUGGGAUUGUUGGUUUCUGCAUUUGUGAUCGGUGCAUUACUUAUUAGGAGGGUGGUGGAAGAGCCAAUAAGAAUGAAAGGAAGUUUGAACUUUGAUUACACUGAGAAGAGUCCGGUCGCAUUUCUACCAAUAAUAGCAUGCCCAGAGGCAAGUCAGGAUGCAUAUCUUUUGAAGAACCCUGAAAUUGGGAAGAUUGGUGAGCUGAGGGUUAUACCUCCUAACCACAAGUUGCAGGUUACCAUUUUGUUAACGAUGCCGGAGCCUGACUACAACCAAGAUCUUGGGAUUUUUCAGGUUAGAGUAGAUUUCCUUGCUGCCGAUGGUAGAACUCUUGCAAGCUUAAGGAGUCCAUGCAUGUUGCAAUUUAGAAGUCUGCCUAUCCGCCUUUUGCUGACUUUUCUAAAAGUUGCUCCUAUUUUAACUGGUUAUACAUCAGAAUCCCAGAAAUUGGACAUAAACCUCAGAGGAUUUAUUGAAGGUACCCUGCCAACUGCCUGCUUAAAGGUGGUUAUUGAGUAACGAGCUGAAUUCCUUCUUGGUGCUGGUAUUCCUGAAAUAUAUGAAUCAUCUGUAUCCCUGGAGUCAGAACUUUCUUUGGUGGAAAAACUCAUAUGGUAUUGGAAGAAAACAUUAACUGUAUGGAUUAGCUUGACUCUCUUUACAAUGGAGUUGCUUUUUACUCUUCUCUGUUGCAAAACUCUCAUUAUCCCAAGAAUAAGACUAAGGGAAGAUUCUCCCAACAAUGGUGCUUCACAGAAUGAUCACUCAGUUCGGGGGUAACAGUCCAGCAGAAACCACAUUUGUUGCUAAUUUAAUCAUGGUGAGAGUGAUCACAAGAAGUAUCUUUCUGUACUUUGACAUAUAUGUAUAUUAUCAUUAUCUCAAUAUCCAUGUUUUUUAAUAUGUUUGAAAACGUCUAGAUGUAAAAAUGCCCAACAUGGGGAAAAAUAUAGUCAAUAUAUGCA